CCGGAAAGCGAAGUGGGAGCCGAACGUGGCGGCCGGCAUGGAGGGCGAGGGAGCCGUCGAGGAGACCGCGAAGACCUUCCAAGAACUGGUGAGCGGGGAAGACUCGUUGUCUCUCUUAGCUCCCCACGACCCUUUACUUGCCCAGGGGUUUGCCUGUUGAAUUUUAUUUUAAAACCCAAGUCCAGCCAUUGCACCGGAGUAGACGAAGCUGCCCCUCCGCCCCGCACUGCUAUGUUCUGCAGAGGAGCUGCUAUGGUGGGGGGAGCAUUUCUGGAAGCAGCCAGGCAAUCGCAGUGCGCAAGGCUGGGGUCGCCCAGCUAGGUAGUGCUGUACAGCGUGGCAGUCAUUUCCCACUAGUCGCUUAUACAAGCUUUCUUUCCCCACUGAGAAAAUGCCCCAUUGAAACCACGGGAAAGCGCCUGUGCAGAGAAAGCUAGAGGGGUUAUAUUAUACUUUGGUUGGUGGUGAGGGUGUUUAUGGUCUGUUAGCUCAGCUCUCAGAAUUGCUUAGCGGGUUUGCGUCUUGCUUUGAAACCGACAAUGUCCUAAGGCACUGCAGUGGACAAAACGAAAGGAGAAAGAUUAAAUGUGGUUUCCUGUGUAAAGAGAUAUUUUGCUACAUGGUUGUGUGUUGCCAUCCUGCUAAGGAACUAAAAUACGAUUUCUCAGUUUUACCCUGACACAACAGACCCAGGUAGGGUGUGUGUGUGGCGCUGUGGGUUAAACCACAGAGCUUAGGACUUGCCGAUCAGAAGGUCGGUGGUUUGAAUCCCCACAACGGGGUGAGCUCCCGUUGCUCGGUCCCAGCUCCUGCCAACCUAGCAGAUCGAAAGCACGUCAAACUGCAAGUAGAUAAAUAGGUACCGCUCCAGUGGGAAGGUAAACGGCAUUUCCGUGCGCUGCUCUGAUUCGCCAGAAGUGGCUUAGUCAUGCUGGCCACAUGAUCCGGAAGCUGUACACCGGCUCCCUCGGCCAAUAAAGCGAGAUGAGCACCGGAACCCCAGAGUCGGUCACGACUGGACCUAAUAGUCAGGGGUCCCUUUACCUUUACUAACAGACCCAGGUAAGGUCAGGUGUUUGGAGCAGGUGGUGCUGUGGUCUACUCUAAACCACUGAGCAUCUUGGGCUUGCUGAUCAAAAGGUCAGCGGUUCAAAUCCGCACAACAGGGUGAUCUCCCAUUGCUCUGUCCCAGCUUCUGCCAACCUAGCAGUUUGAAAGCAUGCCAGUGCAAGUAGAUAAAUAGGUACCGCUGUGACAGGAAGGUAAACGGCAUUUCCGUGUGCUCUGGUUGCCAUCACAGUGUUCCGUUGCACCAGAAGCAGUUUAGUCAUGCUGGCCACAUGACCCGGAAAGCUGUCUGUGGACAAAUGCCAGCUCCCUCGGCCUGAAGUGAGAUCAGCGUCACACUCCAUAAUCACCUUUGACUGGACUUAACCAUCCAGGGGUCCUUUAACCUUUUACCUUUUGGGUGAGGAGAAGCUUGGCCUAUCCACAGCACCUGUGUCCCUUUUCUUAUUUUGCUUGUUUUUAUUUUUUUUAAAGGGUCCCAUGUUUUCAAGUUAUCAAAGUUUUGAGAUGAAAAUAAUACUUAUAGCUAAUUGAAAAGACCAUGGUCAGGUUCACAUUUAACAACCAAACAAUGGCUUAGCGCAAACACGCAGUUUCCCUGGGAGGAGAUCGCAGGCCAACCUUUGCUUAGGUGGCAUGCUGCAGUAUGCUAAAAGGACAGGAGACGAUAGAUGGGUUUAUCAAGUUGUGUGAACCAGGACUUGCUGGAUUCUGAAGAUUGGGGUCCCUUGCUAAUUAUGGUUUCUUUUCUCUUUGGAAUAAUAGGGAGUGACCGAUGUGCUGUGUGAAGCCUGUGAUCAGUUGGGAUGGAAGACACCGACAAAGAUCCAAGUCGAGGCCGUUCCAGUUGCACUCCAAGGUGAGACUUGGAAAAAGAGAAAUCUCUUUCUAGAAAUAAGAAGAGGCUCUCCUGUGUUUCUUGUGUUAUAGAACUGGUAUUGCCAGUCAUUUGUAUUACACAGACUUGGAUCCAUGUGGAGUUCCUCUCAGCUUGGUCUAUGAAGCAAUACAGCUUCCUGGUCUGUCCUGCGGCAGAAGUGUAAAUCUCCCCAACUCCACAAAUCUUCUGGCAGGGGAGCUGUACCAUUUGUAGGGAAGCCCCAUCAGCAAGAAGUCAAGUGGGACCUGGGCUUUUUUAAGCAGUGAGACAGCCAAUUUUGUUCAAACCAAAAGAGACUGAGAGGAGAUAUGAUAGGCAUCUUCCAAUAUCCAAAGGGCUGCCACAUGCAAGAUAGAGCAAGCUUUUUUCUUCUGCUCCGGAAAGUAGGAGUUGAAGUAAUGGGUUCAAGUCAUAAGAAUGGAGAUUGCGGCUAAACAUCAGGAAUAACUUUCUGACAGUAAGAGCUGUUGAGCUCCCACGAGGCGUGGUUGGCUGUUCUUCCUUAGAGGUUUUUAAGCAGAGGUUGGGUGGCCAUUUGCCAUGGAAGCUUUAGUUGAGAUUCCUGCAUUGCAGGGGGUUGGACUCAAUAACCCUCAGGGCCCCUUCCAACUCUACAAUUCUAUGACUGAAUUAUUAUUAUUAUUAUUAUUAUUAUUAUUAUUUGUACCCCACCCAUCUGACUUGGUUGAAAAUGCUUUAAUAUUACUUUUCUCGGUGGUGUAUUCAAAUAUGUUAUUUGUCAGGAGAGACUUCCAUUUUCAUUAACUCCCCUCCAAAAUGUUACCUGUACAAUAAGACAAUUAAACAGAGAAGGGAAAUGUCUAUUGAAACUCUUCAUGGAGUGUUUAGUAGUGCAGAUAUCCACUGCUGCUACUCUUCCUGUGCCAGCUUCUUUUCCUUCCCUUGGUAAGAGCCAAGGUUGAGGAGCUGUUAGAAGAGGGGUCUUGUACAAAUCUUCCAUGGCCUGUACUCUGUAUCUUCAAAUAAUACGCUUAUUACAUUGGUUGAUGUUUCUUAAGUUAUGUUAGCUGAUUUCAAGCUGUCACUAGUGCAAAGAUUUCUGUUCUAGUGCUGCUCUUGUUACUUUCCAGAACUGCUUUUGAAUUUCCUCCAUCUGUGCUGUUGUAUUCCUUCAGCCCUGCAUGUGACACACCUCUUUUCUUGUAGGCCGUGACAUCAUUGGCUUAGCAGAGACUGGAUCUGGGAAAACGGGGGCUUUUGCAUUGCCCAUCCUUCAGGCACUGCUAGAGACACCUCAGCGCUUCUUUGCUUUGGUCCUUACCCCGACCCGGGAGUUAGCCUUUCAGAUCUCGGAGCAGUUUGAGGCCCUUGGAUCUUCCAUUGGUGUCCAGAGUGGUGAGUGGCCUUGCUGCAGUGCUAAGAAUUAGCAGAAAACAAAAUGGAAUUUGUAAGGAGAAGAAGCAGUCGCAUGCUUUUCAAAAUAAGAAUAGUAAAAUAUCAGAUUCAAGAAAUGGGACUAUAUCCCACUUCAAAGUGUGAAUCUUAGUAUGCCUCUAGUAGAGGUGGAUGGAGCAGCCUAUUUUCAUUCCUCGUCAGUUUCGCAUGCAUUCAAUCCAUAAAUUUGUUCUUUCCUGUUUUUAAAAGCGAUACAAAAAUACUUUCGUUUGUGUGUGCUCUUCCCCAAAAUACACAUAUUUCAAGCAUGUCCCCCCAAACACUCAUUUGUGUUUUUUUUUUCUUUUGCAUUUCUUUUUACAUAUUUUUGAAGCCAAAACUGCUUUGUAAAAUUUGGGGAAGUUCGCAACCUGGUUGUUAAUUGUGUUCUGGUCUGCAUAUCAAUGAAGGAACUGCAAAUUAGGUGGGUUUGUGCUAAAACACACCCAUCUUAUGAUCGAAAAGUUAACACUGGAAGUUUCUGGCAGUUUCUCUUAAAAACAAAGAAGCAAGCAGAGAGAGAUUUAAUUAGGUGGGUCUUAUUUCACUCUCACCGUUAAUAUUUCUCCAUGUGUAUCCCCCCCCCCCAAAAAAAAAUUGUGUAAGCCAUGCAAAUGAAGAGUGCUUGGUUUGCACAAUUUAUUCCAGUUUCAUAAUCUAAUUGCCUUUUAAGCAUCAAACUUGUUUGCUUUGGAUUCAUUAUUUACCUCUUGCAGGUCCCCCCCCCCCCGAAUAUGUAGCAGUUGAUUGUUUUGGUUGGAGCUGCUUACACUAGUCCCUAUGAAAUAGAAUGGAAGCUUGGCUAAGACUUGCUUCCUGAAGCUAAUGCAGGGUUCUUUUUUAUAAUAUGUAUUUGUCAGUGUUUGGGUGUCUUGUUUGAAGAAUGCCUCGUAGCAUCUAAACGUAGUAAUCCAGUUCCAAUACUGAAUUUUGCCUUUUAUUUUCUUGUAAAGGAGGUGAUGGGGAGGGCGGUUGUGAACUGGCUCAAUUUCAAUGGGCUUCAUUUAACUUGUCUUUUAUUUCUCCCCUCAAAGCUGUUAUUGUGGGAGGAAUUGACAUGAUGGCGCAGUCUCUGGCCCUAGCCAAGAAACCACAUGUAAUAAUUGGUAAGAAACAGGCAGCAUCAAUGAUUCAAAUGAUUGUAAUGAGAUCUUAAUAAUUCAUAUGAAAGAGGCCUAUUGCACAUCUGUGUCUUUUACAUCUGCAUAAAUGAGGUCAUGAAAAGCAGUAGGCCAGCAAACAUCUCCUUUAUUCACACUUCUGAUACCUUCCCAGUUUAAUGCUAAGCAUCAGCCACAGGUCUUGUACUUUAAUUUGAAACAGGAGCAGACAUGGGAAUUCUCCCCACCUCCCCCAACUUCAUCCUAGGGUCCACAUGGCUCAGGCAGAGCAUUUGCCUUUGAGCCACAAGUUUGCUCAUUUAUCAUUUCUGAUAAAUUAAUGUUUCUCUCAUAAGUGUUAACUGAUGCGUGCUGCUUGACUGGAAGGGCUGGAGUAUUUGUCAUCUGGCUUGAGAGUGAAAAACUGUAUUAGGUUGACCAGACUUGACUGCAACCUCCAUGGAGCAAAUCUCUCAAAAUAACUUCCUGAUUUACGUCAAGCCUCCUCCACACACACACCCCACUGGGAUACAACUAGCCAUGCCGUAUUAAACCUGCAUAAAGUUCUGACUUAAUCCAUACUCCAGUGGCUGUGCUUACAAAGGCUUUUGGCAGAAGGAAGUCAUGGGACUCUGAGAUUUGGCAAACUGGAGUGAAUGGGGGAUACAUGACAAUAGUGCUGUGUGUGUUGUGUUUAGUGUUUCUUUUUGAAUGCUCUGUUUGGUAAAGUUGAAAGUUUGUUUGGUUUUCUCCUGUAGCUACACCUGGCCGCCUUAUUGACCACCUUGAGAACACAAAGGGCUUCAAUUUGAGAGCUCUGAAGUAUUUAGUUAUGGAUGAAGCUGACCGGAUCCUCAACAUGGACUUUGAGACAGAGGUGAGCACUGUCAACUCUUGUCGCCUUAGAAUGGUCCUUUGCAACAUCAUGGAGAUGGUGCUUUUCAAAACCGUUUACCGUGUACUUUAAUCACCAUCAUCAUCACACGCAAGGUGGCUUACAUGACAAGAAUUAAAAACAUAACAUUCAUUAACCAAUAAAUAAAAUACAUAAAAAGUACACAACCAAAUUGGAACAGUGUCCACAUAAUCAUAAUAAGAUUGAAAAAUAAAGAUACAAAAGUUAAUGUCAGUAACAGCAACAAAACCCAACCAAGCACCCUAAACAAUACCACAGCCCAAGGGUCUGUUCAGCAGCUUUUGCAGCUGCAGUCAGUCCUGGCCCCGCCCUCUCAGGCAAGGUGGAAGAACGUCAAGGCAGAGAGCAGGUCUUCCUGAGUUCACAGCCAAGAUGGGCUGUAGGACCUGCAGGUCAAUGGGACUUGCCUCUGUUUGAUUCCCUAAUGUGGAACACACAGCCUCUGUUGUCUUCACCACUUAGCAGCUGACAGUAUGGUGACAUGCUUCCUGUGUUUCCCUCUCCAGUGGAUCCUUGUUGACUGUUGGGAUCUGAAACAUUUCCAGAUACAGUGGACCCUCUAGUUACGUACUGCUCUGGAUAUGUAACUUUCAGGUUAUGAACGCAGCAAACCCGGAAGUGUAUAUUUCCAAGUUUUGCCUUGCGUGCAUGCGCAGAAGCGCUUAAUCGCACCGUGCGUAGAAGCGGCGCCUCUGCCUAUGGAUUUUCAGGUUGCGGAUGGACCCCCGGAAUGAAUUUAAUUCGUAUCUGGAGGGUCCACUGUACUAGGUUUUAAGAUGUAGCAAGGCAUUUGGAUACUAGAAUUGUAGUCUUGUUAUCAACUAUUGCUCAGGUUGCUAUCCAGAGUCCCAGUUCAUCUGUCCCGGUUCAUGUGUAGUAAUCUGCAGUUGUAGCCCGAGUAGCAAGACCUUAUCUGAAGGCAUUGGGAUGCUUUCUCCCCCAUGUUGCCUCUGUCCUCCUCGACCCUAACAGCACCACUCCCUCCUUUCUGUGGAGCAGUAGAGUGCCUUGUUUUUCAAAGGAGGCGCUUCCAGUGUUGCUUUCAUCAGACUGGAUUGUGAUACCACUCCCACAGUGAUGCAGUAUUCGUCUGCAUGCACAAUAAUUACCUUUCUAGUUUUUUCACUGUCACUUGCCUUCUCUUUUCACAGGUAGACAAGAUCCUGAAAGUCAUUCCCAGAGACAGGAAAACAUUUCUCUUUUCUGCUACCAUGACUAAAAAGGUAAGGGAAGGUGUGGCAUUUUGCAUGAGUUCAGCUAAGGUGGAGGUAGAAAUUAACAGGUCAUACCAGCUAAAUUUGUGUCUGAAAACAUUAAUUAUUUCUGUUCAGGUGCAAAAACUCCAGCGUGCAGCCCUUAAGGACCCUGUCAAAUGUGCUGUUUCAACUAAGUACCAGACAGUUGAAAAACUGCAGCAAUACUAUGUCUUCAUCCCUUCCAAGUUCAAGGUAACAUUUAUUUUUUUCAGCUAUUUUGUUUCCUUUAACUUAUUUCCUGACUGUUGUUGCUUACUCCACUAGGAUUUUCUCUGUCCCUUUGUGCUUUUUGAAUGUGUUUUCCUUUCACCUAAUCUCCAUUAGUUUCCUUUCAAUUAUUUCAAUUUCUUUUCUUUUCUCUUUUUAGGACAGCUACCUGGUCUAUAUUCUGAAUGAACUUGCUGGAAACUCAUUCAUGAUAUUCUGCAGCACCUGCAACAACACUCAGAGGACAGCCCUCCUCCUUAGAAAUCUGGGCUUCACUGCCAUCCCUCUCCACGGUCAGAUGAGCCAGGUACAGGCUGACCUGAACGCAAAGUAUUCAUUUCCGGAAUACCACACUGAAAUAAUGAACAUAUUUUAAGGGCAAAUAUGAUUUGUAUGUGUCACCAAGCCUGCUUUCCCUUUUGUUAGCUUAUCUUUUACAGACUUUCAUUUCUGUAGAAGAACAGACUGUAACGGUGGAACGAUUCACAAAACCUGACUUAUUUCGCUUUUCCACGCUGGAAAAAUCUAAAGUAUGUUCACUUGCCCUUUCUCUCUCUCACUCCCCCCAGAAUAAGCGAUUAGGGUCGCUGAACAAGUUCAAGGCUAAAACACGUUCCAUUCUGCUGGCUACCGAUGUUGCCAGCAGAGGCCUGGACAUCCCCCAUGUGGAUGUUGUCGUGAACUUUGACAUUCCUACCCAUUCCAAGGUGAGUUACGGAGGCAGGGUGCUGGGUUACAAUUGUGCAGCCCCGAGUUUGAGAUGUCCUAGUGGAGUUUGCAGAAAGAGAUGGCCCUCUUCUUCCAUAAUUGCAACAUAGGAUUCCAUAGCGAUGGAAUAAAACCCCCACCUCCAUGUGAGCCCUCAAAAAGCUGAGUGUUGAAAGGAUGGGGAACCAUUAAUGCACCAAUAAGACAAUGGGGGUUAGAUGGGUCUUUAGCUCAGAGAGCUGGUCCUGCUCUAGAUGUGACUACACUCCUUGGAAGGCUCAGACUUGCAACUUGAGGGUGUUCUGGCAUAGGUCUUUGCUGCUUGAUUCUUGGAUGAACAGUUGUGGCUAGGAGUGCCUUCUUAGUUUUGCUUGGUGCAUUGCCCCAUUUGUAGAACUGCCUGCCCAGGAAGCUUUGCUUGUCUCCUUUCUUUACUGGCCUUCGAAGUAAUCCAUUCAGAGCUUUAAUCUGAAUUGUUCAUUUUAAUUCAGAGAAUUGCUGGGUUUCAUAUUUGUCUUCUGCGACACUUUAUGAAUGCGGGUUUACAAACUUGUUUCAUGGAUGUUGCCUAUGGUUGCUAUAUUAUUAAACUGCCUGUGAAGCCUUUCUACGGAGUGCUAUAGAAUCUAAAAAUAAAAAAUAUUAUUGUGAAGAUACAAUGCCUGCAACUGUAUGAGGAGGUGGAUGGCUACAGCCACAUGGUCAAGCCCAUCUUUUUCACCUCCUUAGACACUCUUGAAACAUACGGAAUACCUAUCCAAAAGGAGCUGCGUCUAGUGAGCAUUGUGUCUCUUGCAUAACUGCUUCAGAUUACACUUUCUUUUCAAAUGGUGUUUUGCCUUGCUUUGCCUUUCGUUCUGUGGCUUAUUCUGGAUGCCUUUCAGGAUUACAUUCAUCGUGUGGGGAGAACGGCUCGCGCUGGGCGCUCUGGAAAAUCCAUCACGUUUGUCACACAGUAAGUCGUGCCCUCUGCUCCUUCCGCUGGGCCACAACCUUUACUCCUCUCCUCUGAAUGAGUGGGGAAGCAGCUUUCUGAAGUGGAAAUGCAACUGAGUUGGGGGAAGAGGCUUUUUUUUUAGGGGGUGGGCUCUUAAUUAGUUUAUGGGCCACUAGUUAAGAAGAACCAUUCGGAUGAAAUAUUUUGUCUCACUUCCCCCAGGUACGAUGUGGAGCUCUUCCAGCGCAUCGAGCACCUGAUAGGAAAGAAGCUGCCUGCCUUCCCCACGCAAGAGGAGGAGGUCAUGAUGCUGACCGAACGUGUGGCUGAAGCACAGCGAUUUGCUCGGAUGGUAGGCUGAACUUAAGGCUAUGUUUGCGCUUCUGCAGACCUGUAUGGGUCUGUUUCUCUGUGGACAUGCACGUGCAACAAAUCAUUGGGGUUCUAUUGUGCAGAGGUGUGGCUGAAACAUUAGGAUUUGUACUACAUUGAGAGUAUUGUUAGCUAAUUCUACACAAAGCCAUUCCUGGUUAUAAGGGGCACUGUGUUCCCUCAUGCAUCCUUGCAAGCUGGGUUUUGGCUCUGUUUGUGCAAUGUUUACCGGCCACCCUGCACGGUGACUGAAGGUAUUACGCUUUCAGCUCUUGAGCUUCUUGAUUGCUUCUGUGCCUCCAUGCUUUGAAUGCUCAAGCAACUUGCUGUCUGGCUUUCCUUGCAGGAGUUGCGGCAGCAGGGGGAAAAGAAGAAGCGUUCCCGAGAAGAGGAAAAGGAAGAGGAUGACACCGAGGGAGCAAUGGGGGUCAGGAACAAAGUGGCUGGUGGGAAAAGGAAGAAAUGGAAAGCCUGAGAAAGGAAGACACCCAGAACUAUUUUUCCACGUUUUUAAGCUGCUUGGCUUUCUGAGUCACCAGUAUCUGAAUUGACCUUUCAGCAUAUCCCAGAGAGCAAAAGGUUUCCUGAUCCACUAGCACCUUUUGUAAACUUCUGUAAUCCAGAAGCAAUUCUCCUGCAAGCCUGGGAAAUCUCUUUUAAUGCUAUGGGGAGGCCUGUUACUUCUGCUGCCAGCAGUUGUUCCUGUCUACCAGCAGGCCACAGUGGAUUCCCUAAGCUACAUGAAAUGGAUAUAUGGCAGAACUUUUUCAAGCUGCUACUAUCAGAGCCAAUGGAGAGAGACAUUUGCACCCCUAAUUUUAUAAGAAAAUUGUCCAAAAUAAAAACAAAGUAAUAAAAAAUGCACGCUGUGCUGGUUCCAAGACGUGCAGGCAAAGAAGCUUGCAUCUUAAAGUUACUUAUGCAAUCACAGCUUUGUGCAGGUGUUUGUGGGCAAAUAAAUAAGUGAGAGCAGCAGAAACCUGCUCUCCAUUUAUUUAUUUCCCACCCACGUGCACAAAGUGGACUUACUCGGCUUAGGGAAGGCAGUCCUAGGGCUCUGGCAUCAUCCCAGAGUCCCUGUGUUACUUUCUCAAAGCUGGGUAAGUGAGGUGCUAUGCUUAGGGAAGAAGGCACAAGAGCUCUGUCAGGGUCCUAGAGCCCUUGAGUCUCCUUUCCAAAGCUGGCCAAACACUUGCAAGACUUAGAGGAGGAGGAUGGAGGGCUCUAGGACCCUGCCAGAGCCUCACACUGCCUUCUCAAAUUUGGGUAAGCGGCUUUACACCUUGUGGGGUGGGGCAGUUCCAGGGGUUCCUGUUAUUUUUGCAUAUACACGCGGACCCCCAGAACCGAACCCCUGCAUAAGAUGCAAGUUACCUGUAUUUGUGAUAGCACCUGUCAGUUGUGAAUGCUUUUAUGUACAAUGCUUCCUAGUAACCCAGACCAGUGUUAUGUAGAAAAGACUGAUCCCCAAAUAGGGGAAAGUCUGGCAGAUGCUUGGCUGUUUGCCUGUGAGUGCAGAAUGCUGUUGAAGUGGGUUUUUCUUUCCUCAUUAUCUCAGCCCUGAGGCCAUUCUGCCUGAACGCUAAAGCUGAGAGGCAGUGUUGAUUUAGUCGAGGUAUUUGGCAAGGUGGAUUGUCUUGCUGAGACCCUGUCUGCAGUGUUGUGCUUGGUGGAAUGAGAGAGCUUUUAAUUAAAGUACUUCCAUCCUCUUCCCCUUUA